AUGCAACCCCCGCCUAGAAAGAGCAAUUAUACCAAAUUUUUGAAGAAUCUCCACACGGAGCAGAUCUCUAAGCUACACGCUAAGAACCAGCAUGAAUGCGACUUAUUAGAAGACCUGCGCACUUAUGUCAUCAAGCGUUCUGCUAUCGAAAAAUCAUAUUCAGAGGCACUGUUGAAAAUUUCUUCAGCCUAUCUGAACAAGAAGAUACCGAAUAUUCCAGACAUAAAAGUCGAUGGGGCCGAGGAGAAAUGGAAUAUGUGGAACGUGUGGCGCACCGUGUUAGAAGAAAACGAGAAGUUAGCACGCGCACGUCUGGCAGCCGUCGAAGUUUUCCAGCAACAGAUUGCCGAUGAAGCGAAAUUCCUGCGGCAGCACAAAUUAAAUGUCGCUAAAAAGUGCACCGAUUCGCUAGCUCAAGCACAUAAAGAGCUUCAAUUGACAGUUGUGGAAGUGGAUAAGACCAAGAAGCUAUACUUCGAUGAAGAACAUACCGCACAUGACGUCCGGGACAAAGCCAAGGAUAUUGAGGAAAAGUUAAAGAAAAAGAAGGGUUCCUUCUUUCAAUCUAUUACAUCACUACAAAAGAACAGUGCAAAAGUUUCCUCGCGGCGAGAUCAACUUGAGGAAAAGUCAACGGGGGCCAGAAAUGACUAUCUCUUGAGUAUCGCCGCGGCUAACGCUCAUCAGAACCGCUAUUUCCUGGUAGAGCUUCAGACAUGCAUGCAAAACAUGGAAUCAUCCGUGUACGAAAAAGUAUCGGAUUAUCUUACUCUUAUGGGUCGUACGGAACUCUUGACUUGUUCUGCCACGCAGCACUCUUUUGGCAAAAUCAGAGAUCAGGCUCAACAGCUGACCAGAGAAUACAACUUACAAUGCCUGUACUUAUACUACCCAGUUCUAAAACAACACAUUCAGUAUGAGUUUGAGCCAUGCGACAAUGAUCCAGUGGACACCGUAACCAUGGAGCACGAGUCAGUAUCGCAAACUCUUGCACAAGAAGCUCGUCGUUGGGCUACUCGUGUGGUGCGCGAGACUGCACUAGUAAGAGAUGCUACGCGCAAACUGCAUCUUUACCAAGCGAUGCGGGACGCUGGACAAAAAGUCGAUCCAAACGAUCCAAAUGGACCAGAACUAGAAGUGAGAAUGGAUGAACUUCGAUCAAAUAUUCGACGUUCUGAAACAUCGAAAGCUAAAUAUGAAGCUCGGCUUGAGUGCUUGAGGAACAGCGGUGCACCGGUAGAUGAAUGGCUCAAGGAAAUUGAUUUAUUGGCAGUACAAGAUACACUGCCACGCAGCAGCAGCCUUCUAAGCGUCCGCACCGAUGCAUCGGGUGCAGCUGAUCAACCCAGUUCGGAUUCACUUUAUGACAGUGACAAUACUGAAGGGGAAGCAGCCACUUCAGCAGCUGCUACCGUUGCCACAAGUGGACACCAACGCACUACAUCUGAUUCACAAAACGAAGAUGAACAAGAAGAAGAAGUGGAUGAUUCGGAGUUAGAAGAGGAUCGCAUGCGUAUAGAACAGUUAACGGUUGGUUGGGAUGAUCCAACGCAAGUCAAUUGGGGCGAAUCGGAACCGGAGGCUACUACUGCCCCUGAGACAACUGAACCACCCGCUGCCCCAUUGUACAAAUGUACAGCUUUAUACUCUUAUACGGCCCAAAAUCCCGAUGAAUUGUCGAUUAUUGAGAAUGAACAAUUAGAGGUGGUUGGUGAAGGCGACGGUGACGGCUGGUUGCGUGCUAGAAAUUAUCGUGGAGAGGAAGGAUAUGUACCAAAUAACUAUCUUGAUGUGGAACGAGAACAGGUUUCAAGCGCACCAGGUUUGGUUACGCAGAUAUCAUUCUCAUCGGUGGAUUAUACAGUUGAAGGUGAAGACGCGGAGGUUGUACAAUCUCCAGACCAGAUUUCUGUGAUUUCGGCACCAACCGCUAAACCUGAAGAGCCCAAAGUCGAAGAACUACCAAAGACAGAAGCCAGUCAACCUGAAAAUUUGCCAACACUCGGCUAUUGCUUUGCUCUUUACGACUACGAUGCAGAUGCUUCUGAUGAGCUAAAUCUUGAAGAGGGACAGAUAAUUCGUAUCGUUUCCCGCGAUGCACAUGGCGUGGACGACGGUUGGUGGCGUGGAGAAGCGAAUGGUGUUAUCGGCAACUUCCCCUCAUUGAUAGUUGAAGAAUGUGAUGAGAAUGGCGAACCUCUAAGUGGUUUAGAAGAUUGGACACCACCAAGCUCUGCUCCUCCCGUUUUCGUGACACCACCCAGAUCGCCACCUGAUGCAGGCUAUGAUGAUGAGGUGAUCAUGGCAGACAACAAUAAUAGCAAGGGUGCCGCACCUCCACCGGCCGACCCCCCACCGCCUCCGCCAGCUGACCUCGACGACUCUAUGGACAGUCAACCGGACUUCAGCUUUAACUUAGAGCUAAGUCACAACCAGCAUGAACAAUACGACUUGCAAUUUUCCGAACAAGAACAAAGCAAAUCGUCUGCGCCUGCUGUUACUAUCGUCGUCGAUGAGGUUGUUGGUGAAAAUAUUGAGGAUGAGGAAGAAGAGAAGCAGGCACCGCCCCAGCCGCCACCGCCGCCCCCGCUUCCACAAGCAUCACAACCACCGCCACCGAGCAAACCUGUACCACUGAAUGUUGAAGCCGGUGGGAGCGGCUGCGGCCUGGGCGUGGCUCAAAUAGUGAUCACCGCAGCGACGCCAAUGGUUGAGGAGCCCGACCAGCCUUUCCCGCCUCCGGAAUCCGAGCCCGAGCCGCAAGCCGAGGAAAACGAAGACGAAGAAUCGUCUUUAUCAGAGCAAACCGCCGUUUGCCUCCGCAACUCAGAAGAUGGCCCGGGCUAUUCUGCCCCUCAUCCGGCCUCCAGUUCCACAGCAUCUGAGGGCGAGUCUCCUGGCGCCUCCGUCGCCUCUGGACCCCCCACCGCACCACAAUCUCCCCCAUCAGCCCCACACGGCGGGCGUGCCUCUAUUCCCGACGAGCUUGAACCCGCGCAACUAGCGAGGCUUACCGACCUUAAGGAAUCCAAUGCUUAG